CCCACAUCAUAUGGCUGCUGCUCUGUUAACUUCUCUGCUCUGCUGGAGAAAGUAGCUCAAAGACGCUUUUCAUCACUCUGGAUGUUUAAAGCAGGAGGAGGGGAAAAAAAGCCUGAUAAUAAAAAGUAAAACGAAGUUUCACUGCAAUUCAGGAUUAUACUCCGCAAUUAAGAGACUGUGGUCGAAUAAGCGGACUGCUGACUGUUGAAAUUGAAUGUUUUUCUGUGUUGCUUGAAAAGUAAAAAGUUAGGUGAAUGUAUAGCAUGAUGAUGGAAACAGACUUGCACUCCCCCGGACCCCAGACUAAUACCAGCUCGGGGCAAACGGGUCCAAAUAACGGGAGCAAAGUAAACCAAGAACGGGUAAAGAGGCCGAUGAAUGCGUUUAUGGUGUGGUCCCGGGGCCAGAGGAGGAAGAUGGCUCAGGAGAACCCCAAGAUGCACAACUCCGAAAUCAGCAAGAGACUGGGUGCAGAGUGGAAAGUGAUGUCUGAAGCUGAGAAGAGACCUUUCAUUGAUGAGGCUAAGAGGUUACGAGCCAUGCAUAUGAAGGAGCAUCCGGAUUACAAGUAUAGACCCAGAAGGAAGACCAAAACGCUGCUGAAAAAGGACAAAUAUUCCUUGGCCGGUGGUCUGCUUGGUGCUGGGCCAGGUGGUCCCGGUUCCGUUGGAGUCGGACUCGGGAUGGGUCAUGCUGGAAUCGGACAGAGGCUGGAAAGUCCCGGGGGUCACGGUGGCACUGCAACCAGCGGCUAUGCGCACAUGAACGGCUGGGCAAAUGGUGCCUAUUCGGGCCCAGUGGCAGCGGCUGCUGCGGCUGCUGCUAUGAUGCAGGAGGCUCAGUUAGCUUACAGCCAGCACCCGGGCACUGGGACACACCACCACCACGCUCACCACCAUCAUCCCCACAACCCGCAGCCGAUGCACCGCUAUGACAUGACAGCCCUCCAGUACAGCCCCAUUUCGAACUCUCAGAGUUACAUGAGCGCCUCUCCGUCGGGGUAUGGGGCCAUCUCCUACACACAGCAUCAGAACUCGAGUGUCGCAUCGUCUGGGACCAUCGGAACCCUCGGAUCGCUGGUGAAGUCAGAGCCAAGCUAUCUAAAGAAAAAGACGCCCGAGUCAUGGUAGUGCGCAGAGGGAAGGGGAUACAAGAUACGAACACCUGUUGAGUUAACGUUUUCGUCUAUUUUUUUGAAGUAAGGAAUUUCGACAACAUUUGAUUACGUUUAUCCUUGAGAUGGAAUAUGUUGUGAAUAAAAUAAAAAUGCUUAGUGUUUUUCAAGACUGGACGGAAAGGGUAUUAAACAGCACAGUAUGCAAUAUGAAGAAGUGCGUCCUCAAGGCCGAUAGCAACGUUUACAUCAACAUUUUGAAUUGUUAAUGUUGAUGGCUCAGUUAACAUUUAUUGGAAAGUAAUGCUAACUUAAAACUAUAUGUUGCUAUUUGUUAUUUACUCGUAUGUAGUUUUUAAUGAGAUGUAUACAUUAUGUUUGUAACGCAUUUGUGGACCGAGUAAUUUGGAUUUAUAUGUACUAAAAACUGUCACCGGCAUUGUAUUUGUGUUUAUAUAUUUUUUUUGAAGGUGAAUAUUCCAAAAUAUAAAUGUAUUCAUUUCGAUGACAUAGUUUUUUUUAAUGCAUCUCUCUCUUUCUCGCUUUCUCUCUCUUUUUCUUUUGUUAAGUUGUUUAAUAAAUCCCAGGAGCGCUUGAUUCCUGCAAGUAAUUUGCAGGAUUCCUUGGUUAUUUACAGCAUGACGAAUUACAGCGAGAGAAAAUAC